AUGCCUGCCGCUUGUUCAUCAGAUGGCCAUCUGAUGAACGUUUUGGAGCGUCCACAAGCGUGUGGAUGUACUACGAGUGAGUGCGAUGGCCUCACUUGUGGUACGGUCGUUAGUACGACUGCACAAAACCUUAGUGUACCAAACGGUUACACUUCGGAGCAAAGUUCCGGCGGCUGUGAGGAAACACAGGCUGCUCCGAAGGUCCACCACUCGAAUGAGUCGGGUGGACUGGGACAAAGAUGUAUCCCUAGAGGGGAACAUCUAGAAGAGAAACAAUCGAUCGCUCAGGUUAAGCGAAACGAUAAUCCUAGAUCGACUGGAGAGUCUUUCGUAGAGGAUCUCGCUGUGGUUGCGCAACCCCAGCUAGAGGAAGUAAAGGGAAGAAGUCCCAAGAUUACAAAUACGGCGGAAAUAAGUUCCCCGAAACCCGCGGGAAUAAGUCCCCGGGAAGACGAAGGAAUAAGUCCUUCGAAGCCUGAGGGAAUAAGUCCCCAGGAAAUGACAGAGACAUUGAAUGUCAUAGUCAAUAACGGAUCAAGUGUAGGCGCUUAUACACUUGAUCUGAUUGCGCCUCCGAAGUUGACUUCGGAGAUCACUCAGUUGCCAACGCUCGAACAUAAAAGGUUCUUGCGUGAUCUGCGUAGUGGCAAAGUCAAGCAGAUCUGCAUACUCGUCGCUGACGACGAGUGUGUAACCGACAUAAGUUCAGCAACAGUGUUUACUGAGAACGAGAGAGUUCUCAGUAGUUCAUCUAUGGACGAGAGUGUCCUAGAUGAAAAGACACGAAUUGAGCGAAAUGACUCCCAAUCAUGGGAAUCGCUCAAGAAAAAUCCUCUCUAUGAAGAUUUGGUUGAAUUCAAGGAUGCAGUCCCUGAAACUGUUCCGUGCGAAUUACCGAAGGAUAAAUGUACUCGACACGAGGUCGAGCUUAAACCAGGCUCGAAGUACUGUGUCAUGAAGCAGUGGCCACUGCCUCGUGAACAAGUACUUGCGGUCGACAAGUUCUUUGCCGAUCGUUUAGCUGCGGACCGUGUGAGGGAAUCAACUUCCCCACAUAGCUCUCCGACCUUCUGUGUGCGAAAAGCAACAGGAGGGUGGCGGACAGUGUAUGCAUUUAACCAGUUGAACGCUGCAACGGUACCGGCUCAGACGCCGAUACCGAGGAAGGACGUAUCAUUGAUGUUAGCACGCCUAGCGGCAUGCUCUGGGAAUGGCUAG